AAAAGAGGCAAGUAAUUAAUGAAAUGUCUCAUUUUCCACAAUAUUUUUUAUAAUCAUUUCAGUUUGUGUUGUUCCAAAACAGUGAAGAACCAAUCCAAUAGGAGAUUGUUUGAUUCUAUCAAUGGUUCACACUAUCACAAAGAUACUUUUGACGCUGAUGACAUUCAGACAAGCAGGAGUCGUACAGACUUAGCAUUUUUCAAUCUUAGCACCAUAUUUGCUGCCACUGAAAAUUUUUCUCAAGCUAACAAAAUUGGACAAGGUGGCUUUGGUUCUGUUUAUAAGGGUCAGCUAACUAAUGGAAAGGAGGUUGCUGUAAAGAGGCUAUCAAAAAAUUCGGGGCAAGGAGCAGAAGAAUUUAAAAAUGAAGCUAUGUUGAUAGCCAAGCUUCAACAUAGGAAUCUUGUGAAACUUUUAGGAUGUUGCAUUCAGGAAGAAGAGCGAAUUUUGAUUUAUGAAUACUUGUCAAAUGGAAGUUUGGACUUGUUUCUCUUUGAUACAACAAGAAGUUCAUUCUUGAAUUGGAGCAAACGUUACGAAAUCAUAGUUGGAAUCGCACGUGAAAUCUUAUAUAUUCACCAAGACUCAAGGUGGCGAAUCAUCCAUAGAGACUUAAAAAGCAGCAACAUCCUCUUAGAUGCAGAGAUGAAACCAAAAAUUUCAGAUUUUGGAACGGCUAGAAUACUCGAAGAUGACCAGAUACAACACAAGACACAGAGAGUUGUUGGGACAUAUGGCUACAUGUCGCCGGAGUAUGCCGUGUUAGGAAAAUUUUCAGUAAAGUCCGAUGUAUUCAGCUUUGGUGUAAUAUUGUUGGAGAUUAUAAGUGGGAAGAAAAGCAAUGGCUUCCAUCAAGAGGAUCCUUCCCUAACCUUGAUAGGGCAUGUGUGGGAGCUAUGGCAAGAAGACAAAGCAAUGGAGAUAGUUGACUCAACAUUAAAGGAAUCAUACAAUUCCCAUGAAGUGUUGAAAUGUAUUCACAUUGCACUCUUGUGUGUGCAGGAAGAUGCAGUGGACAGACCAACUAUAUCAGCAAUCAUUGUCAUGUUAGAUAGUGAAAUCUCUCUUCCUUGUCCAAAACAACCAGCUUUUAUUUUCAGAACUUCUUGCAACAGUUCACUAAUAUGGGAAGGACCAAGUUCUGUCAAUGAAAUGUCAAUCACUGAAACUGUAGCUCGCUAAUUGAAGCAUACUUCCUCUCAUAGAUUAAGCUAAUUAAAAUUAAGGGACUAAAUCAUUCGAUUUUUUAAAUUAAGGGACCAUUUUGUUAUUAGUAGUAGACAAAAACCCAUCAAUAAUAUACAAAUUUCACAGGUACAGACACUUGCUCACUGCUACAUUCAUCUCAUCAUGAAUA